AUGGAAUGUGGUAAGAUGGUUUGUGUUCGCUCCUCCUACACGGUCGUCCCUUCCGAGCCCACACCCACCGGAAUAUUUCCCUUGUCCCUUUGCGACCAGAUCAAGCUCUCCUCCCAUGGUCCUGUUCUUCUGGUUCACAAACCCAACUUCACUUCUACUUCCUCUCACUCUGACUCUUCUCCCAUCCACGUUCUCAGAACUUCUCUCGGUCGAGCUUUGGUUCACUACUAUCCUCUUUCUGCUCGAUUAUGUUGGAUCCAUGGUGGUCGGUGGCAGCUCCACUGCUUUGCCCAGGGAGCUCUGCUCCUUGAAGCUACUUGUGAAGCCAAUUUGGAUGAUUUGCGUGAUUUUGCCCCAACCGAGAUCGUUGAACAACUCAUGCCUAAGAUUGAUUAUAAUCGCCCAAUCCAAGACAUACCUUUGCUCGCGGUUCAGCUUACCAGAUUCUCAUGCGGCGGUCUUACUCUGGGAGUGGCCUUGUGUCGGGCCGUCAAUGAUGGGUCGGCCGUCUCUGGGUUCCUGAACUCGUGGGCUAAGUUAGCCAGAGGAGGUAAGUUAGAUCUGGGUGAGACGCCAUUUCUUGAUCGAACUUUAUUAGAUUCAUGGAGGCUGAAAACAGAGCCGAGAUUUGUUCAUACUGAGUUUCACCCAGCACCCAUCUGGACUGGGAGAUUGGCAGACACAAAAUAUGAGGCUAAAGCUGCCAUUUUCAAACUCAACAAAGUUCAGGUUCAGAAACUGAAGAGCAAAGCCAGAGAAUUUGGCACAUCGCAGCGACCUUACACUAGUUUUGAAGUGAUAACUGGGCACUUAUGGAGAUGCGUUUCAAGGGCAAGGUAUGUGGGGAAUGGCGAUCAACCAACAAGAUUAUCUACUCUGGUUAAUUGCCGAAAUCGAUUGAAUCCACCACUUCGCAAUGAUUAUUUCGGGAACGCAACUUUCCCUACUGUGUCUCCAACUUGUUCGUUUGAUGAUCUCAUAUACAAGCCUUUGACUUAUGCAGUAAGGAAUGUGAAGGAAGCAGUUGAGAAGAUGAACGAUGAGUAUAUAAGGUCAGCCCUCGAUUAUAUUGCAAGUCAGAAGGACCUGGACUUGGUGAGGAACACGUUUCACGCAGGUACGGUAAGCCCAGAGGGAGAGUUCAAGGGGAACCCAAAUUUAUUUGUGGUUGGAUGGUUCAACUUUCCGUUUUAUGGGACAGAUUUUGGGUGGGGGAAGCCUUUUCAUAUGGGACCAGGGCAAUUGAACUCUGAUGGGAAGGCUUUCCUUAUGAAUGAUCGGAAUAGUGAUGGCUUCGUUCUGGCCAUUUGUUUGCAGUCAUCUCAUUUGGAUGCUCUAAAGAAUUUGUUUUAUCAGGAUAUAGAGGAGCAAUUUGUGCCUAGUUCCAAAUUAUGA